AUGGUAAUCUGUCAGAUCUCCAAGAGGGUGAUGCUUAUCCAGAACCUGAGCCCUUCCCCUCUACUUCUGAUGCAAAUGUUUCAGAUGAACUUGCAGCCGUUGAUCAGGGAAACAGUUUGUGAUGUUUUGCAGAAAUAUGGCUACAAUGUCAAUGAAGUUGCAUUGGAUGACACAUCUGCAAGCACAGUGUCUUGUGCAGUGAUCCUACGUGUUGUUGAAGCUGACCGUGCAAGGAAAAUUAAACUUAGUGCACGACCAUCCUCUGUCAAUGCUCUGAUUCAAAUUCUUGAAGAACAACUUCAGCUGGAACUUGUGUUCAGUUUACAAUACGAAGACCCUGAUUUUAAUAAUCAGCUAACUUCCUUGGAUGACAUUUCUGACUUGCCUCAAAAGGCAGUAUUGCAUAUCCUGCCAGUGGACUCAGAUAGCUCCACUACAUCUACUGUCAUUCUAUCAGAUGCAAGCUUUGAACGUGUUAAGGUGUGGCCACGUGGUGAUUUUCCAAUUCCACAGUUUUCCUAUGACGUCGAGCUGAGGCUCAGACAGGGAAAUGCUGACUUUGAGAAAACCGGAAAGAGUCUGAAGUUGACCAGAGACCAAAAACAUGACAUUUUAGAGAAGCUUGGUUCAGCUUUGUAUGAUUUCAAGGCAUACCCAGGUGAAAGAGAAAUUGGAAAGGUAGCAGAGGCUCUUGUAAAAAAACACCCCUGUUUAAAAGAGCGAGGGUCUGACACUGGUUGGAAUGGCUGGAAAACCAGCAUUAAAUUCAAGAUGGGUAACUUGAGAAACAAAAUGAGGAAAAUUGGAUGUCUGGAAGUAGCUAUCAAUGCUGGGAAAAGAAGCCAAGGCCAUCCUGAGAAAGAACCAUCACAUUCCAAAAUAAAGAAACCAAGGCGUUCUGAGGUUAAUUAUUUGCCUAACUUUCCUGAAGGAGAGGACAAAGCAUCGCUUGAAACAAUACGACAAGAAAUUGCCCUAGAAAUAGAGAAGAGAGAAAUAAACAGUAGUCUCAUCCACAAGAAAAUGGAGAAAACAUUUGCUCUAAGGCGGCAGAUCAUUGUAAACACCAGCCCAUCAGUGAAAGAUUUUCUACAUCUCUGGCCUGCGCUGUGUUUAACAUCUGAGCUGUUUGCAGAGUACCAACGUGUAACAAAUGAGAACUUGUCCCACAAAUUCUACGCACAACUGGACCACCACCUAACUCGUUUGAUGACAAUUUUUCGGCAAAAAGCAUCCAACACUGGCAAGACAGCAGAUGCCCUGACUAAUAUUUUAAAAGUGCAUGACGGACAGGAACAGCAUGAUGUGAACACACGGCGUACUACUGUUAUCAGGGCUCUUCCCAUCUUGCUGCGUGACAAAGACUUGGAGUUUUUCAAGACCUCCUUGGUAGCUGAUUGCACCCAGCUGUUCCCCGUUACCUUGCUGAGCGCUGCCUGCCUAAAAGAGCUGAGGAGAAAGCAGGCGAUAAGAGGCUAUUCUCCUCAGCGGUUUUGUUGUGGCAUGCCUUAG